CCUUAGUCAAGUUUCUUGAGUAGAACUAAAUCUCUCUAUCAACAUGAUUGCUAAGAUCGCCAUCCUAUUCGCUGCUCUUGCAGCCGUCCACGCCAGCGUACUUGGACACGGACAUCUGGUCAGCACUGGAGUUAGCAACAGGGCACAAACCCAAGACGCAUACGGAAACUAUGCUUUUGGCUAUGACAUCAAGGACGGAUUGGGUGCCACCAACUCCCGAUCCGAAGUAGGAGAUGCCCACGGAAACAAGAAGGGAUCCUACACUCUUGCUGAUAUUGACGGACGAGCCCGACGAGUUGACUACGUCGCUGACGGACAUGGAUUCCGAGCCACCGUCAAGACCAACGAACCUGGAACCGCCGCCAGCGCCCCAGCAGCCGCCCUCAUCGCCAGUCCCUACGCCGGACCAGUCGCCCCAGUCGUCAAUCACGUAGCUCCAGCUGCACCCGCUGUUGUUGGACAUGCCGCUUCUUACGCUGCUCCUUUGGCUGUCGCCGCCCCAGUAGCUUACGGAGCUGCUCUCGGACACGGAGCUGCUUAUGGUCUUGGACACGCUGCAGCUCUUGGCCAUGGAGCUUACGGUCUUGGACACGCCGGAGUUCUUGGACACGGAGCCUAUGGUUUGGGACACGCUGGAGUUCUUGGACAUGGUGCUUACGGUCUCGGACACGCUGGUGCUCUUGGACACGGAGCAUAUGGACUCGGACAUGGUCUCCAUCAUUAAGCCGUAUCCCUAACUUUAAUUCAAAUGCCAAUGAAACCUGCGUCCAAUCACGAACAAUCAAGUCACGGAAGUGUUGCCAAAAGCUCUCAUCCGAAGUAUUCAUUCUUCUCUGCAACUUCUACUGGUGCGCGAACUUCCAUCUGCAACAUCCUCUUGCUCAGGUGUUUUCUAUUUCCAGAUACAAGGGAUUUUUGAGAACCAUCUGUUCUAUCAGCAGCUAAAUCUUAUUUAUUUAUUUUUUCAAAUUUUAAAAGUAACAAUCCGUAGAAAAAAAUAGUACACAUCCUGUGUACUUUUGAUAUUUCUGCAUGUUGUUGUUACUGUUAUGUUUUGUCAAUGGUGAAAAAAAAAGAUCCAAAUAUAUUUAAUGUUUUUGUUUGCAUAGAAUUUAUGUGUAAAUAAAUGUUUUAGUUCAAACGCA